AUGGGAUUUUGUUUCUCGAAGUACGACAAUACAGAAGAAUCUGAAGAUGAAAGUGAGUUCUCUGGUGGAAACAUACAUAUAAUCACUUCCAACGAUGUUUGGGAACAAAAGCUAGCAGAGGCAAAGAAGGAUAACAAGAUUGUAAUAGUUAAUUUCAGUGCAUCAUGGUGUGAUCCUUGUAGAAAUGUUGCGCCUUACUACUCUGAAUUAUCUGAGAAGCAUCCUUCUUUAAUGUUUCUAAGUAUUGAUGUUGACGAUCUAAAUGAAUUCAGCUCGCAGUGGGAUAUCAAAGCUACUCCGACAUUCUUUUUCCUUAAAAAUGGGCAACAAUAUGACAAGCUUGUGGGAGCCAAUAGGGCAGAGCUGGAUAAGAAAAUAGCUUCCGCAUUGGUUCAGUAA